AUGACGGAUACACAACCAAGAAAACUACGUAAAGUGACUACUCAAGAACAAAUUGAAGAUUAUGAAAAACUUCGUCAACGAAUUAAAAAUCAUUUCAAAGAUGCUCUCAAGGGUAAAGGAUCAGCUAUGCUGUUGCAUUAUAUUGAUGAAAUAACCGAAUUAUAUAAAAGAGUACAAUCACAAAAAGUCAGAGACACAAGAGUUCAUUUAGAAGAUUCUGAAGUUUUCAAAGAAGCAUCCGAUUUUGCUGCAUUGAAUGCUCGAAAUAUAGUUUUCGAUGAUUCAGGAAUUGCUCUUGAUGAUAGAGAAUUUUUCAAGUGUUUAAGAAGAUUUGCUGUUACUGAUCCUAGUCUUUUAAGUCGUAACGAUAUAGGAGAUAAUAAUGACCAUGAUAGUUAUGUGAAUGCAGAAGACGAUGACGAUGACGAUGAUGAUGAUGAUGAUCUGGACGAAGAAGAAGCCAUUACUGAUGAAUAUACCUUUAAUAAAACCAAUUGGUUAAAACUCGGAAUCCUUUAUCAUCAAGUUAGUAAAAAAUCUAUACUGGUAGAUUUUUUAAAUGGACCAUUAAAAGCAGAAAAGAGGAAAAUUGUUCGAACAAGGAAUGUUGAUGAUACCAAAAGUAGCGGAUUGGCAAAAACUGCUCGACAAGUUCAAGCAAGUGAUAUUUCCGGCAAUGAAGAACAAAAUACUGCCAAUAUGGUCAAAUCAGUUUAUCAAACCUAUAUUGAAAAAUAUGAUGGUAAUGGAGUAAAUUUAUUCAAAUUUUUUAUAAACCCAAGAUCAUUUGGUCAAAGUGUGGAGAAUUUAUUUUACACAAGUUUCCUCGUUAAAGAUGGUCGAUUAAAGUUAUACGUAAAUGACGAAGGAGUGCCUUGUAUUCAGAGAGUGAGCAGUGACGAAAUAAGAGAGGCACAAUUGGAAAGCAAUAAAAUUUUUACAAGUCAUCACAUUGCUAGUUUUAAUUACAAGGCUUGGAAGAAGUACACACAAUUAUAUAACAUAAGAGAAGCCUUUUUGGGGCAUCGUGAUGAACCUGAAGACCAAAUGCCACCUGAAGAUAUAAUUGAUUACACUGAGGAUGAACCCAUACCGACAUCUCAAAGAAGAGAUCUGAAUUUAUCUGAAUGA